CAAACCCGCCAUUACAACGAAGAAGAAGAAAGUGUUGUUAGCUGUAGAAAAUAUGUCGCCUAUAACAUAAACAAAAUAAUUUUAUGUGGAUUCGGUUAUUUUGACUGCAUGUAUGAGGAAACUGAAGAAAUGACUACAGCUUUGUAAUGUGAAGCGUGCAAUACCUGAUUUCUCCAGAAUGAAUCCAAAUAACGUCUUUGGACAGCAAGGUGCUUUCCAGACACCUAGUAAUGUCAGUCAGAGUAGUGGUCUGUUCCAGUCACUUUGCCAGCAGGGUACAAGUGGCACGACACCUAAUAUUGGCUUUGGGCAGAAGUCACCUUUUGGCCAGCCUUCAGCUUUUACCCAACCGUCAGUUUUUGCUCAGGGGUCUACACAAGCGUCUGUUUUUGGCCAGACAUCAUCAUUUGGUCAGUCAUCCUCUUUUGGUCAAGGUGGUGGAUUAGGACAGUCCUCCUCUUUCUCCUCCACUUCUCAAGCACCAGCUUUUGGACAACCAGCUUUGGGUCAGGCUACACUUGGAUUUGGAGCAUCUCCACCUUGUACCGGAAAGAGUCCUGCAUUUGGUCAGGUGCAGGGAUUUGGUCAGACUACUGGAUUUGGACAAACCACAUCUGGAUUUGGUAUUUCCUCCAGUACCUCGCAGCUGCCUAAUAAUUCCAUCAGCACUGGAGGAUCUCAGCCCAACUUUGUUCAGCCAUCGGCCUUUGUUACCACAAGUUCUGCUGUUAGUGGCCAGAGCAAUACGCAAACUAGUGGUUUUGGGACAAAAUUUAACUUUAAACCUCCAAAUGAAACGGUCUUCAAACCUAUUUUCAGUGUGAGUCCAGUCCCUCCUAGCAUUCAACCUGUUCCAGCUCCUGAGCCUUUUGGCUCAUCUAAGCCAGUUACAGGUGGUUUGGAUAGCAGUGGGCCUGGUAACUCUGGUGUCUCACUUUUCACAAGUGUAAAACCAAGCAAUCUAGGGUUCAGUUUCUCCCAGCCUGGAGCAGUCCCUUCUGCAUCUGUUACAAGUGCUAGCAUGUCUCAGGCUGCAAGUAGAAUGAUUAAUGGAAACACACUCCAGUUCACAUUCUCUCAACCGGCCAAUCCAUCCAGCAGCAGCAGCAUCGCCACUGCCACUCAGUCUUCCAGCAUUUCCAGCAGUCCUUCUGCAUUUAGCUUCUCUGCAAAAGGUAUUCAGCCCCAGGCAGCAUUUGGCCAAGCUUCAUUUACAUUUAGUAGUUCAAAACAUGAAGAGAGCCCAGAAGUCAGAAAUGAGGAGAGUUCAGGUGAGCCAGCUUUUGGAAGUAUUGGGAAGGGCAUGAAAAGGAAAGAAGAGCCUGGUGACCCAAAUGCUACUCAAGGAAAAAGUUCCAAAGUUGAGGAAGCACAAGCUGAAGCUGUCGGCCCUCGACAUCCAUCCAAGCGGCCCCUGAUUAGGAGUCGAGGAGCUGCAGGUGGACUAUUUAUGAAUGCAUUGAGCGGUCUAAUGAAGGCAUCAGUCAACACUGCUAAGAAAGAAGAGCGAAACAUUGACAGGGCUCCUGGGGAGAGACCAGACCCCCCAGUUCCAGAUGUGGCUGCUCCACUUACCCCACCUAGACCUCAGGCUCCUAUAAGACAUGUUCUGGAAAAAGCAGAGAAGCCUGCUUCUGAGCCAGAAGCAAAGACCAGUACCCCAUCUCGAAGACGUGGACGUGGGGAGAGCACUGAUAGCCUGUCUAGUCUUUCUUCUUCUGAACUCACUGUUAUCCAAUGCAAGGGAAUCCCAUCCAACCUCAACCGGAAAGACCUAAUCAGAAAACACUUUGACCGCUUUGGGAAAGUGCACAGAGUGUACUGCAGACCUGAAAAGAACCUUGUUAUUGUACAUUUUCAUGAUAACGCAUCUGCAACAAUGGCAAAAAAGAAGGGGAAAAUUUUCCAGGGGACUGAAAUCCAAAUAUUUUGGCAAAGAAAGAAACAAAGCCCAGGCACAAAAAGAGAGAAACCUUCAGAAGUCAAGGAUGUGGUUAGUGCAGAAGAAGAGUCGAGGCCAGAGGGCUCUCAGCUCACCCCAUUGCGAAAACCACUGCCCAGAUCUCCUGCUGUCAGCACGUCACUUGUUAAGGGAUCUCCUGCUAAGAAGUCCUCUGUAGCCAAAAUCCUCCAGUUUGAUAGUGACCCCCAACAGGAUGUGAGCUCAGAGGGUCAGAGUGGAGAUCGACCAGAGAUCAUCAUGCCAUCAUCCCUUCAGCCUCUGAUUGGUCAGAUAGCUGAAACAGCAGAAGAAAAGUAUCGCCUUCUUGAGCAGAGAGACAAGAUUCUUCGCCAGUUAAGACCAAAGAGAACUGACUUGGACAUGUCCAAAGUGUUUGUGGGCACGUGUCCGGAUAUGUGUCCAGAGAAGGAGCGCUACAUGAGAGAAACUCGCAAUCAACUCAGCGUUUUCGAGCUUGUUCCAGAUACAGAAAAGGUAGACCACUGUGCUGCCAUUAAAGAAUACAGCAGGUCUUCGGCUGACCAGGAGGAGCCCCUCUCUCAUGAGCUACGACCUCUGCCAGUGCUGAGCAUGACAAUGGACUAUUUGGUCACUCAGAUAAUGGACCAGGGUGAGGGUAACUACCGAGACUGGUACGAUUUUGUUUGGAACAGAACCAGAGGAAUUCGCAAGGAUAUUACACAGCAGCACCUCUGUGACCCGGUGACUGUGUCUCUAAUAGAAAAGUGCACUCGCUUUCACAUCCACUGCGCCCACCAUCUGUGCCAGGAGCCUAUGAUGUCUUUUGAUGCAAAGAUCAAUAAUGAGAACAUGACCAAGUGCCUCCAGAGCCUGAAAGAGAUGUAUCAGGACCUGGCCACCAAGGAUGUGUAUUGCCCCAAAGAGGCGGAGUUCCGCCAGUAUAGCGUUCUGCUCAAACUCAACGAUGGUGAUAUUCUUCGUGAGGUUCAGCAGUUUCGGAAAGAGAUCCGGGACUCUGUGGAGGUGAAGUUUGCUGUCCAAGCUUUUGCAGCCCUUAACAGCAACAACUUUGUCAGAUUCUUCAAGCUGGUGAAAGCGGCAUCUUAUUUAUCUGGCUGCAUUCUCCACAGAUACUUUAACCAAGUAAGGUGUGCUGCACUGAAAGCCUUGAAUAUAGCCUAUACUGUGGGCUCUCAGAGGUCUACCACAUUCCCUGUGGAGGACUUGGUCCGAAUGCUUAUGUUUCGCAACACUUCUGAAGCCAUUGAAUUUCUGCAACUUUAUGGGCUUAAUGUUGCUGAUGGCAUGGUUGAGCUGAGCCGUACUGCCUAUCAGGAACCGGAUCUACCUAUUCCGCCGAAGAAGUCAGUAGCCAUUGAGAAGAAGAAUAUGGUGCUGAUUGGGGAGGCUGUGAAUGGAGGCCCACUGCCCAACCCGCCAGAGCACACACCAGUCUGCAGCUUUGACUCAAACAAUAAAUACAGGGGAGAUUUAGCUUCCUUGGAAUCUUUGCCAGCUGCCACAAAAGUGAAACCCUUGGUUGAACUGGACCCAAGGCCUCAGCUCAAACCCAAAUUGCCGGCUGAACCAGGAAUGUGUAUGGAGCCCCCUGCAGCGGUGGAGGUGGCCCAGCAUGAAGACACACAGGAGACUGGAGAGUCCUUACAACAUGUUGUACCAGUGCUCCCAGUCAACCCCCAACUCGUGUUCCAGCCCAUUUUUCAACCCAUAGCUCAGCCCCAGCCUGUCAGACCCCCAUCUCCAAAGAGAGAACCAGCCUACUCUGAUCAGGAUUUAAUGGCCGAAGUGGAGUCUGUGGUGGAGGAGGUUCUGGCAGAUGAAGUUUUAGACAUGGCUAAAGCUGGGGCUCAGUAUGUCUCUGUAGCUCUGAGUGUGAGUGAGAGUGAGCUGCAGACAGUGGUCAGUGAGGUUGUGGCUCAGAUGCUCAGAGAAGUGUGUACAUCAGAGAUCACUGCUGAGAAGGAGCGAAUCGCUGAGGAGAAACGCAAGCUGGAGGAAGAGAGGCGGAGAAAGGAACGAGAGGCCUUCCUGGACAAGCUGAGCUCAGAACUGUGUGCGGAAAUCAGUGAGGAGGUCCUCAUCCAGUGCACCAGGGAAAUGGCUGAUACGGAAAUAAAACUUGCACUGGAUGAGAAGGCUGCACGUGUGGCUAAAUGUACAGAGGAGGUGUGUAACAGCUUAUUGGAGGAGACAAUGGAUAUGGAGAUUGCCUGCCUGGUCAAAGAGGUGUUGGGUGCACAAUUACGGCAGAUACACAAGUUUAUUAAGAGGUGGCGUGAUGUGGUAGCAGUACGUAGACAGUUGAAGAGGCAGAUGCGUGGAUUCCCUGCAGCUCCAUGCUGCGUUGAUCCUCGUUUCAAGCUGAAAGCUUUGGUCCCGAGUGCUCCGUCCUUCCCAUCUAUGGACACACUUGCUCGAGGCCUGAUCAACCUGGGCAAUGCAGGAAACAUGGUUGUGUCUUGCACAAGGUUAUUAAAAAUGAGGAAUGACGCAAUUCAUCAGAUGAGAAUAGACUACUAUUUCAAUUUGUUAUUAAGUGAGCGUGUAUGGGCUCCUCUGGAUCUUCCCACUCUGGUGGCCGAAAGCACCCCGAAUCCACCUGACAGGAUCUUCUGGAAAGCCACUCUUCUGCUUCCCAGUGAGCAGGACAGUGACAUGAGCAGUACACUGACCAAAUGGCUGGAGGUUAAGCUGGGUGGUGGAGAGAAGAUUGACGAGAGCUUGAUCGAGUCAGAGGGGAAACUCAAAACUCUGGUUAUCAGUAACAGCUUGAGAGAUAUAGGACAAAAGACCCACAAAGUUCACCUUUGCAUAAAGGUGAGCCAUGGGCCUCUCAGUAAGGAGGGGCAAAGCCAGUUGGAGGACCAGAAUGAACUCCUAGGUACAAGUUCCCUGCUGAUGCUACUGCCCCCACUGCCCUGCACUGGGCUGGAUGAUGAGGAUGUACCCCUGCUCUCUGCCCUCCUCCAGCUGAAGCAGGUUCAGCAGGCCAGUGGCUGGAACACUGCACUGCCCCUGGUGCUGCUCAUACCUGACCAACUCGAAGGAGCAAUUAAUGACCAGAAGUUAGAAGAAGUCCUCAAGUUGAAGACAUUAGUUCAAGAUGGGCUUAUUUCAGAAUACAUCUUUAUCCAUCUCUCGGGGACUGUCACUGAUCUGCAAGGAUCCAAGCAGAUUGGUGAAGCUGUGUGCUGGCUGAUUGCCCACUCUCCAGCCUCUACAAUCCUCUCCUCUCAGCCUCUGCUGCAGUUUGUAGAAGCAGGACUGUGUCAUGAAUUUCACAGGAGGUUCCUUCAUGACAAACAGGAGAGGGCACAAGCAGCUCUGCCAUGCCAGGAACCAGAGGUAGUCAUCCAACUCUGUAACAGUGUGCUGGCCUAUCUGGCAGAUGUGGUCAGCUCUGAAAGGCUAGUUGGGAUCUCCUGGCCCCCACCCGAAUUCGCUUUGCCUGAGAACAGAGAGCUUGUACCACAUCUGGACUGGAAUUCCCCACCACAUCUGGCCUGGCUGAAAAGAGCAAUCCUGAGCCUGCAGCUCCCUGAGUGGGAACGGCCUCCUCAAAAUGCUCCAUGGCCCCAUUUGUGUACAUCCAUAUUUAAGUAUGUGUCCCAGAUCCCCAGCUCUGCCCAAAGCCAGCCCCUCCUCAUGUCACAUCUGGAGCACCUGUUAGCAAGAGUACGUGCUCAACAUCGACGGAGAGACUGUGAGGAUAAAGAGUGUGAUGGGCCUUCCUUUAAUCACAUACCUUGGGAUGACAUUCUGAUCCUCUGCAUGGAGCAUAGGCUGAAAGACUGGCACUUAACAGAGAGCCCAGUAGUAGCAGAUGCCUUCACUGACAAAGGAGAGAUUCUGGUGUACUAUUACAAAGAGCAGCUUAAAGAUUUUCUUCCUCCAGAGAGUUGGGUAGCAGCAGUGAGACGCACUCACACAGAGAAGCAGCAGAACACAUUAAAGUCAAAUUCAAGCUCCGCAGUCACUCAAACCCCAGCAGCACUUUUUCCCAGACAGAGACUGUUCCAGAGUCGGCUAGAAUCACAGCAGACACCCUCUGUGUUAGACAUCUCCCACACUCCUACACCUCAGGAGCUGCUGCCUCAACGACUGCUCUCCAGCAUUCAAAAGGAGAAGGCUCAAAGUCAGAGGUUUGAAGAACAGCUGCAGCGUUGGUUAGAAGUGGAUCCUGUGAACUCGUACUCAACACCUCUGUUUUUGCCUUCCACACUGCUAUCUAUGCCUGAGCUUCUCAUUCCCAAACAGCACCCCAGUACAUCUGCUGCCUGCAGCACACAGGAACAAGAAACAGAAGACCUUGCAGUGGAACCUUUCACUUACAGAAAAAAGGGACCAGUGUCUCUAACACAAAAGCUGAAAGAGCUCAAUAGACUGGUAUUAUCAAAUCAAGAGGAAGAGCUGGCAUGCAGUCUCAAGCUAAACAGCCUACUGGAGAUUGUAGAAGACUGAGCAGUGCUGUCUUGCUAUUGUUAUAACUGUUUCUUCAUGAUGGGUUAAUAUUUGUUAUACAGUACAUUAAUAACCUACAGUACUGUGCAAAAAUCUUAGACACAUGUAAAGAAAUGCUGUAGAGAAAAAAUGUCUUAAAUAAUGAAAUGUUUCAACAUUUAAAACAUAUUAUAAACAGCAGUAAGCCAUAAUAAAUGAAACAAAGUCAAUAUUUGGUGUGAGAUGACCCUUUUGCUUUUAAAAAAAAAAAAGUAGUCUCCGGUACAAUGAGUGCAGUUUGAUAAGGAAAUGAGCUGUAGGUUUUACUGAGCAUCUUACAGAACCAGACACAGUUCUUCUGGACACUUUGACUAUCAUACUUGCUUCUUAGUUUUGCACCAAAACCCAGCAUCCUUCAUUAUGUUUUCUUUUUUAAUCUGAAAAGUGGUCUCUUCUGUAAUAUGCUGCUCAGAUACAAGCUUUUUUUUUCCUGUAACAUUUUGAUUUUGUGCUGGAAAACAAACAUUUAGAGCACUAAAAUGCUUUUGUACUGACUCGGUGUAUAAAUCAUUAAAUAGAAAUCUACAGUAUAACAAAGUUGUAUGAAACAAAAACAGGGUAUCUAAGACUUUUGCACAGUGCUGUAUAUUGGUUACUAUUUUAAAAGAAAGCACAACUUUAUUCAUCACACACUUGUGAAAUUCCUCUCUGCAUUUAACCCAUCUGCAGGUGUGAACACACACAUGCACAUACACGUGAGCAAUGAGCACACACACAUACCCAAAGCAGUGGGCAGCCAUGCUAACAGCGCCCAGGGAGCAGUUGGGAGUUAGGUGCCUCGCUCAAGGGCACCUCGGCCCAAGGCCGUCCCAUAUUAACUUAACCACAUGUCUUUGGACUGUGGGGGAAACCAGAGCACCUGAAGGAAACCCACGCAGACACGGGGAGAACAUGCAAACUCCACACAGAAAGGCUCCUGCCGGCCACUGGGCUCAAACCCAGAACAAAUUGUGAUCUUAUGAGGUUCUAUCUGAGGUCAGAAUGAAUGGGAGAUCCUAAUAAUACUAUAGAACCUUUUUUAAUAUUACAGUCAUGAUAUAUUUGGUACAUGACUUGAAAGUAUUCGAUGCUUUUUUUUUUUCCUUUUGUUUCAGUGUUUUAAAUAGUUUGGUUUUAUUAAGCUCAAGAAAUUGCAAAGAAAAUAAUCCAUCUAAAAUGUCUGGAUUCCCCACACACACACACACAAUAAUAUGCCUGACAUGAUUGUGUAAUAAACAUAAAUGAAUCUUAGCCAUGUUUGUGUGCUGGUAUGUAAAAUUAUUUGCUAUGAUUUAAUUAAUAAAUAAUGUUGAGAGUUGGAGAA